AUGACGAGCUCUGCGGAUGUUAUUGUCAUAUCUUCCUCUCCAAAUCCGCCGCGGACUCCCACAAGAACGGCGAUUGAUCCAGAUAGAGAGUUCGCCAUUUCGCCACAAGACGAAACGCCACCGUCCCUACCCUCGCCCUCGGAGCUGCUCCCAUUACCUUCGCGCUCUCGCUUCUUCCCUACGCCAAAGGCCACCGACGAUGCACCCAAGCCGAAACGCCGAACAACGAAGAAGACUACAAUUUCGGAUCGCAAUGACAAGGAUGCGUCAACCAAAUCGUCACAGAGAGCAAAGAAAGCUACGAAGGAGCCAAAGCCGAAAGCACUAGGAAACGUUGAAACAGACUCCCUUGAUUCACGGAUCGACGCUUCCAAAAAGGCUACGGUAACCGCGAAAGGUCGUCCACGGAAGAACGCAAAGAGCAUGGGGUUGGGUAACAUGACACUAGCCGGCAAAGUGACGAAGUCGAGCAGUGAGCCUCAAAUGAAGAAGACGAGUGAAGCUGAGAAGACGGUACAGCAAAAGUCACCCAGUGGCUUGUCUGAACAGCCUGGCACCAAAGAGUCGAGGGCCCUGAACAAAGAGGAAGAGCUACAUUUGGACAAAGCCAUGAGAAGAAGGGUGAAUUGGACACCACCUGAGGAGGAUACUCCUGGAGAGGUUCUUGUGGUGGAUGAUGAUGAUCAUCUCAACCAAAACGAUCCUCACCCUAUCACGACUGGGCUCGGAAAGCUUCUAUCAGAUUAUAACUACUCUGGAUCUGGUUCGGAGAUACGCAAACUCCCGGCAAAUGCAAUUCGCGGUGGUCUGACCAAGCGAAGGAGGAUAGAGCUGGUGGACCCUCAAAUUUACCACCAAACAAACAAAAUCGCUUCCAAUGAGGAGUCUUCGGUUCAAGAGGGAGACUCGUCAUCAUCCAGUGCCAAAACUAAGAAGAAGCCGAAAAUUCAGAAGCGUUUCACAACUUUGACGGCCCGAAUGACUGCCCAAUAUGCAACCAAAGAACCCGAAGAUGAUUUGAUGGGUGACAUUGUCCCAGAUGUUGGUAAGCCAAAGUCUCGACGAGGCAAAGCCAAGUCAACGGAUAAAGGCCAUAUAUUCACCGUUCUGUCGCCUGAAGCUGCUGCCAAGUCAUUGGAAACUCAGGAUCUCAUGUUCGGUACCUGUAGUCAGUUGGAAAGAGAAGAUUCCCCUCAAACACUUAGGGAGAUGCAGCAAGCUAUUCGCGAGUCAGAAGGAUUUUUUUCUGUGGAAAAAGAAGCAGGCGCCGUAUCAGGAGUCGUAUCUCGUGGAGCUGGCGAACGGGGCUUGUGGUCUGUUGGUGCUCGGGACACAGAAGGGUCUCUGAUACAGGCGGAGCCGCUGGAUAUGGUGGAUCUUACAAGUCCAUUUGAAGCCCCUCAAAAGAAAGAAUUUGCCAUCGCAACGAUCAAGGCUCAUGCUCCAGCAGCUCGGGGUGAUGAUGAUUGGCUCGACCUUGACAUUGAACAGCCUGAUACAUCGCCCAAGAAGACAACGCUGCAGCCCGAGAAACGCUCAACCCCCGUAGCGAAGCCUAAACUCGCAACCCAUGCUGAACCAGUAGUGGCCCCUCGCGGAAUUUCAGCAAAAGUGGCAAGUCAUCAACGGGCAGAGUCUCAACAGCCUUCGAUGCCGCAUUAUAGUGGAUUCACAGAUGCCGAGCUGUCCAGCCAAGUUGCCUCUUUCGGUUUCAAGUCCGUUAGAGGCCGCAAGAAGAUGAUCGAACUGCUUCAAAAGUGCUGGGAAUCCAAACAUGGAAGCUCAGUCCCCGUGACACUCAGCCAACUCCCGCAAGUUGCCGAUUCUACACAGACCGCUACUCAAACAACGAUAAACAAACCAAAAGCGAAGGCGAAAUCUAAGCAGAGCACCACCAUGUCCACAUCAAAGGCUACGACCAAAAAGGCAGAACUUGCUGCAGUGUCUACGCCAAAGAAGAGUAUACAGAAAGCCUCAAAGGCAGGGCAAAAUACCCAGCCGUCGUUCAUAGAUGUAGAGGAGAUCCAGGAUUCCGAAGAUGAUAUCUUCCUCUCCCCCAGUCAAGUGCAAAAGCGAUACACUGAAAUCUUUUCGAAAACCGCCAGCUCGAACCGUGAGCCUUCCCUCGACAUCACGACAAAGUCAUCACAGCCACAGAGCCCAACGAAACGCAGGACGACCACCGCCAAAUCUGCACGCACGGCAAAGCAAGUGACAACCUCAAUAUCCAAAGCCGACAAGGUAGACUCCUCCAAGCGGAGCAGCCUGGCAGACCUAUCUAUGCAGAUCACCAAAGCUGUACGGCUUCAGUCCCAGUCCUCUCAUCCAUCAACGCAUGCCAGUCGACUUCGCCCAACGUGGCAAGAAAAGAUUGUGAUGUACGACCCCAUCAUCCUGGAGGACUUGACAGCCUGGUUGAAUGUCGAAGGGCUUGCUUUAGUUGGAGAGGACCGCGAGGUCCACACUGGAGUUGUACGGGGGUGGUGCGAGAGCAAGGGGAUCUGCUGCUGCUGGAAGAAAAACGCACGUUGGUGA